AUUAAUGCAGCAACCCAACUCAUCGUGAUCAUCACAAACACAAUCAUCAUUUAUAAUGAAAAACACAAGAAUUUGCCAUAAAGAAGAUAACUAUGAAGAUUAGCAGGUUAAGAUCUUUGCUUUCUCUUGCCAAAUGCAAUUCUCAAACUUUCCCAUCAACAACAGCAGCAAGAACUUUCUCUUCAACCAAUCAUCACUUGCAGAAUGUUGGAUUCAUUGGCCUUGGAAACAUGGGAUCUCGAAUGGCGAAUAAUCUAAUCAAAGCUGGAUUCAAUCUUACAGUUCAUGACAAAAACAAUGAUGCUCUCGAGAUGUUCUCUCAAAUGGGGGUUCCCACAAAGAAAACACCAUAUGAAGUUUCAGAAGCAAGUGAUGUUGUAAUUACAAUGUUACCUUCUUCUGCUCAUGUGAUUGAUGUUUAUACUGGACCAAAUGGUUUGCUUCAUGGUGGGAAACUCAUAAGGCCAUGGUUAUUGAUAGAUUCAUCGACUAUUGAUCCACAAACAUCAAGAAAUCUUUCUGCUACAAUAUCUAAUUAUAUUCUAAAAGAAAAGAAAGGUGAUAUGGAAAUGCCUGUAAAGUUGGAUGCUCCUGUAUCCGGGAGUAUAAUUGCAGCAGAAGCUGGGACACUUACUUUCAUGGUUGGUGGCUCUGAGGAAGCGUUUAUCGCCGCAAAGCCCUUAUUCCUUUCGAUGGGUAAAAGUACAAUCUAUUGCGGUGGAGCAGGGAGUGGUUCUGCAGCAAAAAUCUGUAAUAAUUUGGCUUUGGCUGUGAGUAUGCUGGGAAUAUCAGAAGCCCUCGCUCUAGGCCAAUCUCUAGGUGUUUCUGCUAGCACCUUGACAAAUAUAUUUAACUGCUCCAGUGCUCGCUGUUGGAGUAGUGAUGCUUACAACCCAGUUCCUGGACUGAUGGAAGGGGUGCCUUCUUCAAAGGAUUAUAAUGGAGGAUUUGCAUCUAAGCUUAUGGCCAAAUACUUGAACCUAGCAGUAGAAUCAGCUAAGCUGGCUGGAUGUAAAUACCCACUAACAUCUCAAGCUCAAAAGAUAUAUACUGAGCUCUGCAAUGGUGGCCAUGAUUCAAAAGACUUUUCAUGUGCUUUUCGUCAUUUUUACGCAGGAAUGGAUGAGCCUCUUGACAAAUAAAUUAUGCAGACCAUGUACCUACCGUAAUUUUCUUUCUUGUAUGUCAAAACAAUCAUUUGGGUUCAAUGACAUUGAAAAACAUUGUUCUUA